UUGAAUUUUUUGUUUAAAGUUAAAAAUAAUUAUUUAAUAUGUUUUGUAUUCUACAGAAUAUGGACUGGAUAAAAUGUGCUUCCAUUAGUUCCAACAGUUGACAGGAUGUUUAUCAACGAGACCCGGUUGUGCGGGCAGGAGGAAUUCCAUGUUUGGAAUAGAACUGCUGAAGAUUUUGGAACAUGCUUCCAGCAUAUAUUCCUUAUUUUUCCAGCACAGGUUUUCCUGGCUGCUACUUCUGCCUACUAUUUAGGGUUUCAAUCCACACAAUGGUUUCUCAGAUCAAGGAUACAGAAGCAGACCUUGAUUUGUCGAUUUCUAGCUGUUCUCUUACUUACCCUCAUACCCUUCAGCAGAUCUAUAGCCUUAUACUGCUUGGAUAGAACUUCCAUGCUUCAGGAAGGGGAAGCAGGGAUUCUGUCAGGAGCUGUUCAAACUUUUUCCUGGUGCCUUCACCUUGUUUACUCUUAUCAACUGCGGCAUAGAAUCAGUCUUUCAGUUCGUGGUCCUCAACCUGUUAUAUUUGCCUGGUUUCUAUGCCUUCUUGUUAAUAUUAUACAGUGUAGAAGUAUCAUCAGUCAGAGUGAUCAUUUGGUAGGAAACUCUGACAAGGUCACAUUUGCUAGUGCCAUUAUAAGCUGCAUCUGUCAAGGUGUAUACCUACUCACGCUUAUUCCUGCUGGCGACCAAAGAUCAAGUCAAUAUGAAGAGCUUGGUUCCAGAGAUAGACCAGAUACGGAACCUCUUCUGUCUGAGCUAGGAUUCAGCACUAGCUUUAGACAGAGAGCAUUAUAUGCUGGGAAUUAUGGAGGUUUCCUUGAUGAACAUGACCCAUACUAUCUUGGGGUGGCAAAAGAUUCAUCUAAGGUGGGUUGGCUAAACAAGCUUCUGUUCUUCUGGGUCAAUCCUCUGAUUGCCAAGGGGGUCAGAGGCAACCUUAACACUGCAGAUGAUGUCCAUGAUCUCCCAGAGUAUAUGACUGUCCAUCAGAUUGGCCUCACAUUCAAGCAAAAAUGGGACUACGCUGAAAGAUUGAAUCCUGGCUCUGUUAAGUUAUUAAAAAUUUUAUAUUCAUGUUAUGGAAAGACAUUUUUUGCCAUUGGUUCUCUAAAAUUUAUCACUGACGUAUCUGGCUUUGCUGGACCUAUACUUUUGAACCUGUUGGUGACAUUUGUAGAAGACAAGAAGAAAGAAAUUCCAAUUGGUUAUGGAUAUUUGUAUGCCAUUCUGCUCUCUGGAACUGCUUUCAUAUCUGCCAUAUCCAGUUGCCAUUUCAAUUUCUUCAUGAGUGAACUUGGACUCCGAAUAAGGGGUGCUGUUAGCUCCUCUGUGUAUAGAAAAGUUAUAAAUGUAUCAAAAAGUAAACUCUCUAAGUUUAACAAUGGACAGAUUAUUAACUUCAUGUCAACAGAUGUUGAUAGAAUAGUCAAUUUUUGCCCCAGUCUUCAUGCAGCAUGGAGCCUUCCUUUCCAGUUCAUAGUUACCCUUAUUCUACUUCACCAACAAGUUGGAAUAUCCUUCCUCACCGGUCUUAUCUUCACAAUACUGGUGAUCCCUGUCAAUAAGUGGAUUGCGAAUAAGAUAGGUAACCUCAGCGAGAAGAUGAUGACUGCAAAAGACUCUCGAGUAAACUUGAUGUCUGAGCUUCUCUCUGGUAUAAGAGUAAUUAAAUGCUUUAAUUGGCAAAAGUUCUUUUCUGGGAAGGUGAAUGAGAAAAGAGGAGAUGAGCUUAAAUAUCUUAAGGGCAGGAAGUAUCUAGAUGCCCUUUGUGUGUUCCUAUGGGCAUCCACACCCGUGAUAAUAUCAGUGCUUACAUUUAUAACCUAUGUCCUUCUUGGGAACACUCUAACUGCAGCGAAGGUUUUUACCUCAGUGGCACUAUUUGCAAUGCUAACAGGACCACUGAAUGCUUUCCCAUGGGUGUUGAAUGGAUUAAUAGAAUCUCUGGUAUCACUGCGCCGAUUAGACAAGUUCUUUGCUCUUGAAGAGUUCAAUCCUGAUGCUUACUUCAGCAGGAUGUAUGAUAUCGCAAAGAUUGAACAGGAGGAAAAUAGUUCAAUUGUGAUGCAAAAUGCUUCCUUUAUCCAUCAAAAUGAGGAAGAUUCACAAUUUAGGCUCAAUAAGCUGAACCUUUCUGUUCUUGAAGGAGAAUUUAUUGGCAUUAUUGGGACUGUUGGUGCAGGGAAAUCCAGUUUACUCGAGUUGGUGGUUGGAGAACUGGAAAAGGUGGAUGGAUGUAUUGCUGUUGAUAAACCUUCAGAAGGUAUUGGAUAUGUGACCCAGGAUCCCUGGAUACAGGAGGGAAAUAUCAGAGAUAAUAUUCUUUUUGGAACAGCUUACCAGCACACACUCUACUCACAGGUGACAGAGGCUUGUGCCCUGGUUGAUGAUUUUAAAAGUUUAGCUCGAGGAGAUAUGACAAAUGUAGGAGAGAAGGGGAGUAAGCUCUCAGGAGGACAGAAAGCAAGAAUAUCACUAGCCCGAGCAGUUUACCAGAACAAGAAGCUGUAUCUAAUAGAUGAUAUAUUCUCAGCUGUAGAUGCUCACGUAGCUGCUCAUAUCUAUAGAAAAUGUAUUAUGGGUUUGUUGGGACACACUACCCGGCUACUGUGUACUCAUCAUACCCGGUAUUUAACGAGUGCUGAUACUGUUGUGUAUAUGGAGGAAGGAUCAAUCGUAGACAAGGGCCCCCCUUCAUCCAUUUUACCAAAAAUGUGUCAGAAAGCAGCCGAGGCCAGUAUAGCCUUCAGUAUGCUUGGAACUCCAUUGGAAACUGGAAGGAAUUCUCCAACCCGAGAUCAGGAAACUGUCUCCCACCCCAGGAAUAGAAAUGGGAAUGUCUCCAUUGAAGACUCCAAUAUAGAGACUCAGGAGAAAGGAACUGUUAAGUUUGCCAUCUAUAAACAAUACUGGAAAGCUGUGGGAGUACUCCUAUCCCCAACUAUUCUCCUGUCCCUGCUAGCCAUGCAGAUAACUCGUAAUCUUACAGAUGUCUGGUUAGCACACUGGGUUAGUCUGGACGAAUCGAAUUCAACCUCGCCCAACACCUCAAGCUCAGAGCUCCAGUACUACCAUGGAUAUCAAUCCGAGGAUCAUCAUGGAGGACCCCACUGGGGGACAGAUCUCAAUAUCAGAUAUUAUCUAACCGUCUAUGCCACCAUUGCAGCAAGUAAUUCUUUCUUCAGCCUUAUCCGUGCCUUCCUGUUUGCCUACGGAGGGAUUUGUGCUGCUAAAUCAAUCCAUGGAAAACUCUUAAGGGUUAUUCUGAAAGGACGGAUAACAUUUUUUGACAAUACUCCUGUUGGUCGGAUACUUAAUAGGUUUAGCUCAGAUCUUUAUACUGUAGAUGAUAGUCUUCCAUUCAUCCUCAAUAUAUUCUUAGCGAAUCUGUUUGGAGUGGUUGGACCUGUUUGUGUCACAGUGUACGCUCUACCCUGGAUACUCUGUAUCCUGGUUCCUCUUACAUUCACAUACUUGAACAUACAGACUAGAUACAGGCCAGCCUCCAGGGACCUCAAGAGAAUAGGAAGUGUUUCUUUGUCUCCAAUAUAUUCACAUUUUUCUGAAACCUUGUCCGGAGUAUCAACUAUUAGAGCAAUGAAUCAGACUGCCCGCUUUGUCAGGGAAAAUGAAGAACGACUUACAUCAAGUAUGAGAGCUAGCUAUGCUGGUCAGGCUGCAAGCCAAUGGCUUGAGCUUCGAUUGCAAAUGAUUGGUUGUGGGAUGGUGGCUGGAGUUGCAGUAAUAGCUGUUCUUCAACAUCAUUUAAGCAUUGCAAACCCAGGACUAGUUGGGUUAGCUAUUAGCUAUGCUCUGGGUAUAACUGGAAAGCUAUCUGGGCUAGUUUCUAGUUUUACCGAGACUGAGAAAGAACUGGUGGCUGUAGAGAGAUGUGUUCAGUAUAUAGAUAAUAUACCAACAGAGAAACUCAAAGGAUCUUUAACCUCCCCUUACGGUUGGCCUAGCGAGGGAGUCAUAAGCUUAAAGAACGUACGCAUGAGGUAUCAAGAUCAUCUCCCAGAGGCUCUAAAAGGCGUUACUUUACAAACAAAAGCUUCUGAGAAAGUUGGAAUAGUUGGAAGAACUGGUUCUGGUAAAUCUUCAAUAUUCCAGUGCCUCUAUAGGCUUGUAGAAAUAGAGAGAGGAAGUAUUCACAUUGACAACGUUGAUAUCUCCCACCUCGACCUGGACGAGCUAAGAGAACAUCUGGCGGUCAUCCCCCAGCAGCCCUUCCUAUUCAGUGGGAGUAUCAGGGAGAAUCUGGAUCCGGAUUCAUUCUGUUCCGACCGUCAGCUGAAAGAGGCACUCAAGAAGGCUAAACUUGAUCGAUUGGUGGACAGGCUUGGUGGUCUAGAUUAUCAAAUAUCAGGCGAAGGAUCAUGUUUCUCGGCCGGACAAAAGCAGCUCUUGUGUUUAGCUAGAGCAAUCCUAUCUCCUGCUCGGAUAGUUCUAAUUGACGAGGCAACAGCUAACGUUGAUCAGGAGACAGAUCAGCAGGUUCAAGAGGUUAUUCAAAGAUGUCUGGCUGACCGGACAAUUCUAAGCAUAGCACACAGGGUCGAUACCGUCCUGGGUUGUGAUAGAGUUUUUGUAAUGGAGAAUGGUUGUGUGGUCGAGUCAGGUCAUCCAAAUUUACUUCUACAGGAUUCUAAUACCAGAUUUAGCAAAUUUGUCUCUGCAAGAUAAAGACAGUAUUCAUUCGCCGACUCCAGUUCACCUUCAAUUCAAUAAAAUUUUUAAAUUUUUAAACAUAUUCUUUUAUACAAGUAGCUUAAAAUGUUUAACAAUUUUGUUUAACUUUUCCAAAACUUUAGUUUACAUGUUAUGAAAGUUAAUAUUUUUAUUUAUACUUUUUAACUUUUCUUAAACUAUUCUUAAAUUUACCCUUUAGAAUAAUUUCAAAGAAUCAAUAGUGAAAAAUUCUUUUGUCCCAAAAACCUUGAAUAUUUAAAAAAAAUCACUUUUAAAAAAUCCACGAGCAAACUUUAGGAAAGCCGUAAAUGUGUGUUAACAAUUUUCGAACAGAAAAGCUAUGAUAUUCGUUACAGAAAUUUCGUUAUUUGGAUUUAUUUGCCAUUCUCUUCCAUUUGAAACUUUUACUGAUCAUGAACAAUUAAUGACAAGCACUGUAUUCAUUGUAAAUAAAAAACUGGUUUCAAAAAGAAUUCUUAAAAGUCGUGCUUUGGAUCAGGAUCCGUUGGAUCUGCAACAUUUUGGCUUCCUGGAUCCUGAUUUGGAUCCAAGGUGGCAAAAUAUCAACAAAAAACUGUAAAAAAAACUUUGCUCUCAACCCCUAAAUCUGAAAAAAGGCUCAUGAAGUUUUAGUA